AUGCAGCUCCAUUUAUCUAACUUCAACAAUCCUAUAAACGCUCCUUCAGCUCAUGCAGAUGCGAAGUAUUUGCUAACCACUCAACCACUGCGUUCCCCUCUCUCUAAACGUUUGAGAACUACACUUAAACCUUUCUUUGCCAGUAUUGAACUUUCUCCAGGUAGUACUGCAUUGUCCACAACCAGUAGCUUUCUUAUUGGCCUUUAUCACCAUAAAGAACAUAACCUGCAAGCAUUGGAAGUGCACAAAUUGUGGUACCUGCAUUAUUUUCUCGACCAAAGGAAGGAUAGCAUUGAGAGAGGACAUUCAGAAUCCGGACAUGAAGAUAAUGAUGAUGGUCCCAUAUUUACUGUGUAUUGGAUGAAAGUUCAGGUUUUUCGUGAUUUGAUGUUGCUAGAAAAUCUGCUGCCUCAUUUUGUUUUGUCCGAGCUCUUUGAAAUGAGAAAUUGUGGAAGUGAAGUAUUAGACCAAAUGCAGGGUGUAAAAGAUCUUGAAGAAGCAGGAAUAACAUUAAAAAAAUGGGAAAAGUUUAUACAGAAUUUGGUUCUUUGGAUGCAAAAACCGGAAAGGAUACUGAACAGCUUUGUCAGAUGUGAAUCCCAAAUACUCGGCAGAUUAUACAUUGUUCAUGGAUCAACUUACAUAACACAGAAGCAAAUGGUGAUUGCGAAUUUGUUGGGGGACAAUUCUCGAGUGGCUGAUCUAUUUAACGAGCUUGGAGAUGGGGUUAUAACUUCAUCAAAUUCCUAUUACUGGGAAGUAUGCAAAGAGUGGCUGCUUGACGACGGAGUCAUGCUUGAUGAAGUACUGGAACUGUCGUCUACUGCAGCCAUGAAAUCCAACUAUGCCCUUCAGCAAUUAUGGUUUCCCAGAUUAUCAAAUCUUCAUUUCCACUAA